UUGUUUACGUUUAUAUAUAACCACCCAAAACCCAAAACCCAAAACCCUAAAUACAACGCUCUCACAGCUCACAACCAAAGCCCCGAAUUCAGAGAGAAGAUGAAUCACAUAGCAGCAAUGGAAGAACAAUUGGUAUCAGAAAGAAUAAAACAAAAGCUAAACCAAGUAAAUCUUGCUGCCCAAACCCAUCUCUCUCCCGUCCAAGACCAUGUCAAUUUCACCCUUCAGCAAGCCUACUUCAAAUGCGCAUAUGAGUGUUUUGAUAGGAGAAGAAGUCAACAAGAGAUUAGCAAUUGUGUCGAAAAUUGCAGUGUUCCUGUUGUGACUGCUCAACAGAGAGUUGAGGGUGAGAUGGCCAAGUUUCAAGAGAGGUUGAGCAGGGCACUGAUGGUCUGUCAAGACAAGCAUGAUGUAGCUAAGCAACAAAAGGCCACAAAUACACUGAACAAUUUGGAGUCAUGCGUUGAAGAGGCAACCCAAGAUAGCAUAAAGACACUGCCACAUCUUGCCGAAACAUUGAAGGCUUCCUUGUCGAUCAACAGUUCAGUGAGUAAUAAUUAACGUAUCAGCCCGUGAGAAUUGAUAACGGAUAUCAAAUUUUUUCGCAAUUUAUCUUUUGUAAUGGGGAGGCAACCCUUGAGACCCGUCUUGUCGAUCAUGAAAUGCGAUGUGCGUAAAGGGAAGUGAAAAUAACUAGGAACUCGGUUCAUCUCAAAAUUGGUUUGGUAGAGCGCAUUUGCACCUCUAGAUUACUGAUUUAGUUUUUCUGCAUGCUGAUUUAUGUAACAAGUAAGAGUAAGCUGGCACUCUCUUAAGCAAGCAAGAC